AUGUCUACUACAGAAGAACAAGCUUUGAAAAAGGAAGUUGACGAUUUGAAAAAGCAAGUUGCAGCUUUGCAAGAGAUUGUUCAAAAGCAAAGUCUUUUGAUAUCAAAAACUGGAGAAAAUGUAAUGGCAAUGCAGGUGAAAAAUCAAGGGAAAGAGAUGGAAAAAAUGGGAAUAACGCCUGCUCGUAGCAGUAGUGCGGAUUUAAUAAAUGCUGAUAUCGCUACAAAUGAUGAUUUAGUUCAAUUAGUAGGUGAAUUACAAGGACAAUUGGAUACAAUUGAAGAAAGAUCGAUUAGAAGAGUUGUUAAUUCCACUAAAACUAAAGAUGAUGAUGUCUUGGCUCCUUUGCCUAACCCAGAUGGUGAUACCCCUACUUUUUCUGAUGAUUUGUUCCCAAAGACUAUCGGUGAAUUUAAAGCAAUCGAUGAUUUUAAAUUAUAUAGAAUGGCUAAAUUUUAUGAAGUAUUGCAGCCAAGCAUGAAACAACAAGAAGCAUUUGAAGAUUUUAUGGAUGGUAAAGCGGAAAAUUUCUAUUCUGCAGAUUUAACAGAUGAUGAAAUUAAUGCAGAAAUUAAGAAACUAUCUAAAGAUGAAUUGGAAGAUGCGUUUAAUGAUCUUGCUCGUUAUUUAGGUGCUGUUGCCAGAAGAGGUGAAUCUACCUGGUAA